AUGGCAACAACAGGCUCAGAUGUUGACUCCAGUGAUGUCUUUGGCAAGCACACUGAUGAAUGUUAUGGCCUUCCUACACCUGGCAAAUGGGCUCUAGAGAAUCCAGAACCACCUCCUGAAGCAAAGCUAAGAGACAUAAAGUUAGGGCACUGGAGGUCUAGUGGACAGCCCUUGUACAGUGGUGAUAAGGGAGAUCUUUCAAUGGAUGUUGAUGUGGCAGAUGACAGGGAAUGUGAUGCAAGAAAAUGGGAUACCUCUCCAAUGUCCCAGGGAAACAUCCCCCACACUUCUCUUGGCAAGUUCCAUGGGUGGACACUCUGGUUACCCCCAAUAAAGACCUUUGCAGAAUUCCAUCAGUGCAUAGUCUGGUCCUGUACCAGAGCUGACACCUGUGCAAGGAAUUCAAGCUGCAAGUUCCAUGAGUGGACACUCCAGUUACUCACUGCUGUUUCCUUUGCAGAGUUCCAUUUGUGGAAAGUCCAAUCCCAUACCAGGGCCAACACCUGUGCAAGGAAUUCAAGCCACAAGCUCCAUGAGUGGACACUCCAGUCAUCCACCACCAUUGCCCUUGCAGAGUUCCAUUCAUGGAAUUCAAGCUGCAAGUUCCAUGAGUGGACACUCCAGUCACUUGCUGCCAUUUCCCUUGCAGAGUUCCAUUUGUGGAAAGUCCAGUCCCAUAUCAGGGCCAACACCUGUGCAAGGAAUUCAAGCUGCAAGUUCCAUGAGCAGACACUCCAGUCACUUGCCACAAUUUCCCUCACAGAGUUCCAUUCAUGGAAAGUCCAGUCCCAUACCAGGGCCAACACCUGUGCAAGGAAUUCAAGCCACAAGUUCCAUGAGCACACACUCUAG